AUGACUGGAUUGCUUUGGAAUGUGACGCGGGAUAGCUGGGAUCUGGAACCAGUGGAGAUCAAGGAGCAGGUGGUUGAGAUGAGAAAGAAAGGGGAGCAAGACGUGCAGGGCUCGGGGAGAGAGCGUCUCAGAUCAUCUCUCAGCCGUAGAUUAGUUUCCCAGCUGGGAACCAAACAACCGCUGCAAGCAACCUUUCGGGGACUGACCGUGCUGUGGCGGGAACCCGGCGAGUAG